UCGCCACUCAGCUGAUGCCUCUGGUGUUGUUGGGAGGCAUUGUUUGUUGACACCACUGUGAGGGCUGGUCCCCACUCCUCCUCUCACCUCUGCCACGCCGGGGUAUGGCUCCCCACUGAGCUGGGAACAUGCUCAAGGGAAGGGGAUGGUUUGGAGGAGGGCUAUGGAAGAGCAAGAACCCCCACUCGCUGGAACAUCUCAGGUACCUGUACAAUGUGCUCAGUAAAAACCAGGUUGUGCAGGAGAGUAACCGCGGCCUUCUGGUGGAGAAUCUCCGCUCCAUCGCAGAAAUACUCAUCUGGGGUGACCAGAAUGAUUCCUCAGUGUUUGAUUUCUUCUUGGAGAAGAAUAUGCUGUCUUUCUUUCUUCGUAUCAUGAAACAGAAAUGUGGAAGCUAUGUAUGUGUACAACUGCUUCAGACUCUGAAUAUUCUUUUUGAAAACAUUCGGAAUGAAACUUCACUGUAUUAUCUGCUGUCCAAUAACCACGUCAACUCUAUUAUCGUCCACAAGUUUGACUUCAGUGAUGAAGAGGUCAUGGCUUACUACAUAUCCUUCCUCAAGACCUUAUCACUUAAGCUCAAUGUCCAUACAAUUCACUUUUUCUAUAACGAGCACACAAAUGAUUUUCCUUUGUAUACUGAGGCAAUCAAGUUUUUUAAUCAUCCGGAGAGCAUGGUGCGGAUUGCUGUCCGAACACUAACACUCAAUGUAUAUCGGGUCAAUGACCAAUCAAUGCUCCAAUUUAUACGUGAUCGAACUGCAGCUCCAUACUUCUCCAACCUUGUUUGGUUUAUAGGCAAUCAUAUACUAGAACUGGAGAACUGUGUACGCAGUGAUGUUGAUCACAACAGUCGAAGUCGUCUGGCAGAUUUAGUUGCAGAGCACCUAGAUCAUCUCCACUAUCUGAAUGAUAUACUGAAGCUGGAUAUAAAGACUCUUAAUGCUGUGCUAGCUGAUCACCUGUUGAACAGGCUCCUCGUUCCUCUACUUGUGUACUCCCUCAAUCCUUCUCCAGACAAGGAUGAGAGACCAAGAGUAAGCAGUGUGGUGUCCCUGUUUCUGUUGGCUCAAGUAUUCCUCAUAGUGUCACAUGCUCCGCUGGUGAGAGCACUUGCCAAAAUUAUCUUCCAUGCAGAUAACUCAAUAUUUUCUGAGGACACAAUUAUUUUACAGUCAUUUCAGGGUCAGCGUCUGGUGCGUAGAGGCUUCGUUGCUCCUGAAGAACCCUUGGAAAAGUCAUUACAAGCAAGAACAUCAAGUGGCUCUGGGAGUAGCUCUUCACACAGUCCAAGUAACAGUUUAUCAAGAGGGGAAGCCAGUAGCAGCAAGGGGGGCUUGGCAGAGGAGGCAACAUUUAGUAGUUGUGGGUCGUCUGUGGACCAGGAGGCAGAGGAGGCUGUACUCUGUCGAGAGUUGCGGAUAUCAACACCUGCUGCAGAUAUAAUGGCCAGCAUUGGCAUUUCUGACUUGGAAGCGACCCACGUUAACAUCACUGACGAGGAAAAGGAGCAGCUCAGAGCUUCAGAUCAUUCUGGCAGAGGAAAUAUGAUGGAUAUUGGGAUAACAGAAGGCACUCUAGCCUCCCGACCAUUCCUUCAGUCUACUAUUGCAUCGCUCGACUGCUCAGAGGAUGAUUAUGCAUCUCUAUUUGCAUUGUGCCUCCUAUACGCUCUUGGUCAUAAUCAAGGUAUAAACCAAGAACUGCUAGAUCUUGUGGUGGGACGUGGUGACACCUCGGACGCAAGAUCUCUGUACAAUGCUCUCCUGGUGGACAAAAUGCUUGAAAUAAUCACUCUGAGUUGUCAAUAUAAUUCACGGGUGCGUGUGGCUACUCUCGAAAUGGCCAUCUUGGUGCUAAAGCAGUUAAUUGGUGUUGGGUCGAGCAGUCGCAGAAAACACACAAGCUGUCUUCGUGACCACCACUUGGCAUCACUAGAAGGUGCCCGGGAAGAGGCCACACUUAUGCUCAGAAAUUUUUACAAAAGUGAAGAAAUUUUCCUGGACAUGUUCGAGGAUGAGUGGCACGAGAUGCACCGGAAGCCCUUGAAUGUGGAGUACCUGCUUCAGGAUGCAUCGGUGCUGCUGCCCCCAGCAGGCACGCCGCUCACUGGCAUAGACUUCAAUAAAAGAUUGCCCUGUGGAGAGGUGUUUGUACAAAAUGUUCUUUUAGAUAACAGUGACCUGAUAGCAUGUGUGGUUAUUCCUCGGGAUGGACAACGCACAAAACGCUUCUUGGUCAUUGAUGUCAUUCAGCUGAUCCUCGUAGAACCAGAUUUGAGAAGACUAGGUUGGGGAGUUGCAAAAUUUGUUGGCUUUUUACAGGACUUGGAAGUGAAUGGAGACAAAGAUGAUUCUCGAGUGCUUCAUUUAACAAUCCAUCGGCCGUCAGCAUCUUCAGGGGCGACUGGCAGGCCAACCACUCCUCUCUUGGCAGCAAAAUUUAUAUUUGAUGAUCAUAUACGAUGUAUGGCUGCUAAGCAAAGAUUAACGAAAGGAAGAAUGAAAGCACGACAAAGAAAGUUGCAUCAGAUAGCUCGGUUAUUAGAGCUGCCAGGCCAUCUACAGCCUUGCCCGUCACCGCCAGCACAUGCUCUUCACACGAUGCGACAAGAAGCCCACAGACGAGGAUUGAGUCGUGCUGUUGCUGCAGAUGGACGCGGUCGCAGUCAAUCUCACCGCCCAAUGUUUAAUGUUACUCGUGUGCCAGGCUUUGCUUUGAAGCGAGAAGGUGGAGCAAAUCAGCAAACUGCGGAUGCAGUAGAUGAACAUGCAAGCAGUUGUGCAGGACGAUCUGAAUCGCAAAGUCCAAAUCAUAGUGGUCAUCAGAGUAGUAGACAGCCACCAACCAGUCAUGAAAGAGGCUCUCGUUCUAGUUCUCGACCCCGACCACGAAGUGAAGAAAUCCCAUUGGAAGAUAUGAUGGCAUCCGGUGAUAUCCCCCAGACCUCACCAUCUAUGCCAAAGGUGAAUGUAGAGAGUACUAGCUCCCCUCAGAGCAGCAACAGCAGUAGCUGUUCUAGUACAGCAGCAGAAACCACUGCAGUAGAAAGAGGCAUCUCUGGAAACCUUGAGUUACCUACAAGGCCUAGCAACACGAGUCCUGGAACAGACGAGGGAAUGUGGCCUCGAGCAUCGCUGGUAGGGACUCCCGAGUUGUCUCCAGGCCCUACGCAUCUCCUACCGCCUCUUACGCAUGUUCUUCCUCCACUGCUCCUGCCAGCUACUAGUGAUUCUAGUGUCUUCCCUGUAGAAAAUGAUGGAAACAGUCUGCUAACAACUCCGCACACAAACGUUUCACCUCACUUAGUGGCUUGCCCACCUCAGAUGGAUGAGAAAGAAACUUCCUUUACAGCAAAACCUCCCCUUAGCAGAACUACUAUUAGUUAUGAUGUUUUUGAGCCAUACACAAAUGGCAGUGUCACUCUUGAUAGUUUAAAACAAGACAGUCCAAGAAAUAGUGUUGGUUCGGCGGAUUUUAGCCCCAUACGGAGAAGUAGAAUUAAAGGAAAUGUGGAAACUGUGUAAUAUUUAAGUUAGUGUUUCAGUGUACAGUACUUAAUAUAAUAAUUUUUAAUAUAUUUUUCUGUUAUGCCUUAUCUGUUACUUUAUCUUUUAUAAUAAGAAUUAUCAGAGGAAAACAAAUAAUGAUUGACUGAUUUUAAUAUAAUUUUUCCCUAUUUUAAAAAAAUAGAAAAAUAUUUGUGUAAAUUAAGUACUGUUGAAGCAUAAAGUAUAAUUUAUUGUUAGUAAAAAGACUUCACAUUAUGGAAUAACUGCAAAUGUCUCUAAUGCACUUUCUUAGAUUUGAAAUACUGUACAAUGUAUUGAAAGUGUUGGAGAUGGUCUUGAGAAGCUUCUACAUGAGGAUAAUUGUCAAGGAAGCGGAGCUCCUCAAGUGAGCAAGGUGCUAAAGUUAGACGGUAGACUGGCAUUAGUUUGCAAAUAAGCUUUUAUAUAAUAAAUACAGUAUUGUUUUGAAAAAGUAAUUUUUUUGCAUAUUGUGUAUACAACAAUAGGUUCACCAUUUUAUGAUCUGCCCAUAUGGCAAUAUUUUGACUGUAAUAUCACUUUCACAAGAAAGGUCGUGUAAUUUGAUUUGACAGUUCAUCAUUAUAAAAAAUACAGUAUUACAAUAAGAUAGUUCAGAGAAGACAGACGUGAUAACGACGUAUAUCAAGAGUUAGUAAUUACAGAGUCGCAUUAUUACCUCAAACUUCAGUGGGUUUACUGUAUAUUAGCAUAAACACUCAAAUUAAAUGGCGAUUCAUAUUGGCUUUAUUAGUUUAAGGUAUAUCUGCAGUGCAGCUUGUGGGGUCAAAUAUUUUGUGAUAUUUAGAGCUGUUACAAUUGUACAUCUAUUGUUAUUAUGUGGGGGGUCUCUUCUUAAGAGAGCUGUAAAUAUGAUUUUCUGUUGACUUUAUAAGAAAGGCUCUAUACAAUAUGAUGCAUACUA